AUGAUAUUUGGUAUGCGGGUAGAGGUUGUGAAGACAAAGGUCAAGUAUGAGGCAGCUGCACAGAGGUAUGUGGACUUGUUGGCAGCUGCUCUGGACACACCAGUGAUGCAGCCAUUAACACCAGGAACCCCCUUUCCCCCACUGGACCUCCAAACUGUGUACUGUGAAGCUUCGCUCUCCCUGCUCAAGGCUCAGAGAUACGAGGACGCCAUAGCCGUCUGCGACAAACUGCUGACAAAAAUCCCUCCCAACAACCAAUGGCGGACUGACACGUACUCGCUCAAUCCAUCCCACGAUUCCUCCGGCCUAUCCCAUGAUGCAGUGCACACUUCCCAUGAUUCUUUGAAACUCGUUGAAGACCCCGUUACUCCUCCAAGCAAUCGUUGCGACAGCGGUGACGAUCUGUUUGAUUCAGAUGAGGACUCUGAAGAGAGAACUGCUGGUAAAAAGAUGAGUAAGAAGAGAGCCAGAGAACCGAGCGAACAGGAAGGGAUGCAGAGUGUUGAGCAAAAUACGGAAACGAAGAGUGUUCGAUUGAAAAGUGUUCUGCCAUUGAUGUACAAGGCGGAAGCUCUGUACAGACUAGAGGAGUACCAGGAAGCCGUUAUCUGCUAUGACAGGCUGCUAAAGAUGCUGUAUGACAUCAUACCUGUGGAACCCGAUACGGGUGACAAAACAGACAAGAGAACAGAUUCUACACAACCUACCCAGAAGAGAAGAAGAACUGAGGAAGGUUUUCUCCCAAUAGUCCCUGAAAGUGGUUCCACCUCUAAGGGGUCAGAGGUCACGAGAACACUCCUGCUGCUGAAGUCCGAGGCUUACCAGAACAAGGGCUUGAUGCUGAUUGGUCAGGAGAAACUGCAGGCCGCUCUCCAGUGCCUCAGGCUGAGUGUACAGUCGAACCCAGACAGCACGGUUGCCAUGUACAACCACACCCUGUUGCUAUGGAAGAUGGGGAGGAGGAGGGAGGCUGCGCAGAACUGGCUCGGGUACCGAGGGGUCGACACCCGACGGGACAGUCUGCAGCUGGGACAGCUUCUCAAACAGAAGGAGCAGGAAAUAUCAACUGUGUGUGAUAACACAGAAGAAGGCAUUUCGGACAGGCACCUGCUAAUGUUGGACAAGGCCACCCUCCAACAGCUGAUGGACUCGAGGACCCCCCAAAGAGGCCUGGGCGGUUCCGCCACACUGUCGCGCCCAGGUCUGUUCUCUGCUAGCACAAGUACGAAGAACUGGGCAUAAUGAUUA